AUGAACUCGUCUUUGGCUCACCUCCACUUUGCCGGAGGGUACCUGCCCUCGGACUCCAAGGACUGGAGGACCGUCGUUCCGGCUCUCUUGGUGGCGGUCUGCGUGUUGGGCUUCGUGGGGAAUCUGUGUGUGAUUGGCAUCCUCCUUCACGGUGCCUGGAGAGGAAAGCCUUCUAUGAUCCACUCCCUGAUUCUGAAUCUGAGUCUGGCCGAUCUCUCGCUGCUGCUGUUUUCUGCACCCGUGCGCGCUACAGCCUAUUCCAAAGGCAUCUGGAGUCUAGGAUGGUUCAUCUGCAAGUCCUCGGACUGGUUCAUGCACACAUGCAUGGCAGCCAAGAGCCUGACGAUCGUUGCGGUGGCCAAAGCAUGCUUCAUGUACGCGAGUGACCCAGCUAAGCAAGUGAAUAUCCACCAUCGCACGGUCGGGUCAGUGCUGGCGGCCAUCUGGGCUCUGGCUAGCCUGCUACCACUGCCGGAAUGGUUCUUCAGCACCGUCAGGCACCAGGCAGGUGUGGAGAUGUGUCUUGUGGAGGUACCGGCCAUGGCCAGAGAGUUCAUGGCAAUGUUCGGUAAACUCUACCCUUUCCUGGUAUUCUGCCUUCCGUUACUCUUUGCAGGCUGUUAUUUCUGGAGAGCGUAUGGCCAAUGUCAAAAGCGAGGGCCCAAGACUCAGAACCUGAGAAACCAGAUGCGCUGCAAGCAACUCACUGUGAUGCUGCUCAGCAUUGCUGUCACCUCCGCCAUCCUAUGGCUCCCUGAGUGGGUGACAUGGUUGUGGGUCUGGCAUCUGGAUGCCGGCAGUCGGCCCCCACCACAGGGCUUUAUAGCUCUAUCUCAAGUCCUAAUGUUUUCCAUCUCUUCAGCAAACCCUCUUAUUUUUCUCCUGAUGUCAGAGGAGUUCAAAGAAGUCUUGAAAGGUUUAUGGAAAUGGAUGAUAACCAAAAGACAUCCAACAACUUCAGAGUCUCGGGAAACACCGGCUGGUGACUCAGAGGCCCCUCCUGACAAUGGCCUGUUACCAGAGUCCCCAACGUCCAUGCCAGAGAGAGAGAAAGCAGCUUCGCCCUCCUCCAGCAAAGACAACAGCGAGAAGGCAGAGGUUCCCACCCUCCCUGACGUAGAGCAAUUCUGGCAACACAGGGAUGCAGUUGUGUGCACGCAGGACAGCGACCCCAUACCCUGGGAACAUGAGGACCAAGAAACAGGAGCCUGCGGUAAAUAA